AUGAGGGCUCAGAUCCAAAAAGUGCCGCAGAUCGUGGAGCUGCUGAGGAAGAAGACGGUGGGGCUGCAGCACUUCAAGCCCACAUCAUCGGUGUGCGUCCUGGAGGACAAAGAUGCUGUGGAGGCUGCGCGGUGCCCGCACGCCUCUGCCUCCUUUCCCCGCUCGGGGGCGCACAGCCUGGAGGCCAUUCCUGGACCCACUAACUGGCCUCUGGUGGGCAGUUUGGUGGAGCUCCUGCGCAAAGGAGGGCUCACUAGACAGCACGAAGCGCUGGUGGAUUACCACAAAAGAUUCGGGAAGAUCUUCCGAAUGAAGCUGGGCUCCUUCGAGUCGGUGCACAUCGGCGCGCCUUGCCUCCUGGAGGCGCUCUACCGUAAGGAGGGGGCGCACCCGCAGAGGCUGGAGAUCAAACCCUGGAAAGCCUACAGGGAUAUGAGGGAUGAGGCGUACGGGCUUCUCCUACUGGAGGGCAAGGACUGGCAGAGGGUGAGAAGCACCUUCCAGCAUAAGCUAAUGAAGCCAACAGAGGUGAUGAAGUUGGAUGGUAAAAUCAAUGAGGUGAUGGCAGAAUUUGUGGGCAGAAUUGGACAAAUCAAUGUGGAUGGCAAGAUUGAAGACUUGUACUUCGAACUCAAUAAAUGGUCUUUUGAGACCAUUUGUUUGGUGCUGUAUGACAAGCGCUUUGGUCUCCUGCAAGAGAAAGUCAACGAGGAGGCCAUGAACUUCAUCACUGCUGUCAGAACGAUGAUGAGCACCUUCGGCAAGAUGAUGGUCACUCCCGUGGAGCUCCACAAGAGCCUUAACACAAAAACAUGGCAAGAUCACACCAACGCUUGGGACAACAUUUUCAAAACAGCCAAAGUGUGCAUCGACAAGCGGUUGAAGCGUAACGCUACCAGAGCGCCAGACGACUUAAUUGGGGACAUCUUGCACCAUAGCAACCUCUCCAAGAAGGAAUUGUACGCUGCCCUCGCCGAGAUGCAGAUUGGUGGUGUGGAAACGACUGCCAACAGCAUGCUGUGGGCUAUUUUCAACCUGUCGCGUAACCCCGGCGCCCAGAGGAAGCUGCUGAGUGAGAUCACAAGAGUGGUGCCCCCCGAGCAGCAGCCGUGUGGAGAACACCUCAAGAGCAUGCCCUACCUCAAAUCCUGCCUCAAAGAGUCCAUGAGGUUAUCGCCAUCCGUUCCGUUCACCAGCAGGACCCUGGACAAAGACACUGUGUUGGGAGAUUAUGCCAUUCCCAAAGGAACAGUCCUGAUGAUCAAUAGCCACGCCAUCAGUGCCAACGAGGAGUACUUCACCGAUGGCCAACACUUCAAACCCGAACGAUGGCUGCGUGAGAACAGCACCGUCAAUCCUUUCACCCACGUCCCCUUCGGCAUCGGCAAGAGGAUGUGCAUUGGCCGACGGAUAGCUGAACUGCAGCUUCAGCUGGCGCUGUGCUGGCUGGUCCGAGAUUAUGAGAUUGUAGCGACGGAUCAAAAGCCACUUGAUGUGAUCCACUCGGGAUUGUUGAUUCCUAACAGAGAACUACCAGUGGCCUUCAUCAGGAGAUGA